UAAUAAUAAACUCAUCUUUUUUAUUUUAUGUAGAAAUAUUAGUGUAAGAUUAAACAAAGUUUUCCUUCAACUAAAUAAAAUUAAAUCGAGUUAUCAAGAAAAAUUGAAAGAUAUGGACGAUCCAUUGAUUGAAAUUGUCUAAUCACACAAAUUUAAUUUGUCAGAAAGGCUAUCUCAUGUUUGCUUUUAGUAUAAAAACAUGAAAUUUAGGCUCAGAAGUCGACAGUUUCUUUCACGGUAGUUGGAGUUUGAAUAAAACAAUGAAAAGUUUAAUUUUUGUAUUGCUUUUGGGUGUUGCCCUAACAUCGGCCCUCAACGUGGGUCGUAGCCCAAGUCCUCGUAUCACCAAUGGUUUGACAGCCAAAACUGGCCAAUUUAACUUCCAAGUUGGUUUGAAGAGUACGAUGAGCUCUUUCUCCACGCAAUUAUGCGGAGGUUCUUUGAUCUCUCCCGAAUGGAUCGUAACUGCUGCUCACUGUACGGAAGGAACUAGGUCUAUUACUGCCUAUCUAGGAAGCAACGGAUUUUUAGUUGGCAAAGAAGUUAAGAUUUUAGAAACAAUCAUCCACAACGAGUGGAAUUCAACAGGAUUCUUAGAAAAUGAUAUAUCCCUCUUGCGUAUUGCUCCCGUCACUCUUGUACCACAAAUUGGGAUCGUCAACUUGCCGGCUCUGUCCAGAUCUGAUGAUUAUGACAGCUAUUUGAACGAAAAAGUCAUUGCUUCCGGCUGGGGCAGGAUUAGUGACGAUCCAAUGAAAGGUUAUCCCAAAGAGCUACAGUACGCUCCGUUAAAAAUCAUAUCAAACUCUAAGUGCAUGCGGUUUUUCGAAGGUAAUAUCAAACCAUCGAACAUUUGUGCUCAAGGUCAAAAGAAAACAUCAACAUGCCACGGAGAUUCCGGUGGUCCACUUGUCACUGAAUCAUCAAAAACGUUAAUUGGUAUUACAUCCUUUGUAUCAGGUAGAGGUUGCACUUUAGGAUUUCCAGAUGGUUUCACUCGUGUCACCAGCUACAGAUCAUGGAUCUUAGAGCAUACUGGAGUCUAAAUUUAUGUUUGUGGAUUUUUUUUUAAUAAAAUAUAAACUAAAAAUUGAAAUAUUCAUAUUUUAAUUAUUAUUUUCCAUUUGACGUGGAACGUAAAAUAGUAUAAACCAUCAUUUUUGUCUUUUUUAUAAACAAGACCAUUCUCCAAAACAAACUAAGGAGUAAGGAACCAUGCAUGCGCAUGGUUAUAACCAAGAUGUUUUAUAAGUAUUUUGAAUGCUCCAAAAACGGUUAAAAUUAAAAAAAACACCCAAAAAUGCUCCUAAAAAAGUAGGUGUUUUUCAAAAAUUCAUAUUUCGAAAAGCGGGGACUUCCAAAAAAUUCGUAUCAGAACUAUUAAUGUUUUUGUUUCAUUAUCUUUUGAAUAUCAUUUUUCAAAUUGUAAAAAAAAAUUACCCCUAUUUAGUGAUUGAAUUUUUAAAAAUCCUUCAUUAGUAUUCAUCUUUAGUUUAUAAUCUUUCAAAUAAGUUAUAGAAGGUUUUGAUCUCCAAUAGUUUCUUUUUAAUUUUUAAUUGAAGUUUAUACGGCUUUGCUAAAAAUUUCAGGUGGAACGUGAGAAAAUGGCGUCACUUUUUCGUGGAUGCUGCCAUGGUUCAUCGAUUUAUAAGACGUUAUCACGUUAAAAACAAAAUUACCAAUUUAUUGAUAUUCAGCGAGGUUGGCCGAUGCAUGCGAUCUUGCCACUUCUCAACUGAUUCUAUUUGCCCAAGCCCAAUAAAAAUUUUCUUUGAGUUAAGAGCAAAUCUCUCUUACAAAAAUAUGAGAAAAUUGAUAUAAUAAAUCACAGAAACAACUUCAGGAACAUCUCAUCAGACGAAUAAUCAAAAUAACACUGAUUUUCCCAUUCUUCAAUCACGAAAUAAGAGCUGUACUCAAAUUUUAUCAUUGCCAAUGCCAACUAUCGGAGUUCGCAGCUGAUAAAAACCUUUCGACAAACAGCAACAACAAUGAUAAUCCGCAAAGCUUUUAUACUGCUGAAUUGAUAGGUAGCUCUC